AUGGGGCUGCCCCGGAGGGCCGCGGAAUCGGCGGAGCUGCGCAAGAGCCUGAAGCCGCUGCUGGAGAAGCGCCGCCGCGCGCGCAUCAAUGCCAGCCUGAGCCAGCUCAGGGGGCUCAUCCUGCCGCUGCUGGGCCGCGAGAGCUCCCGCUACUCAAAGCUGGAGAAGGCGGACAUCCUGGAAAUGACCGUGCGCUUCCUGCAGGAGCUGCCCGCGUCCCCCUGUCCCGCAGUCGCGCCCACGCCCUCCGACAGCUUCCGUGAGGGCUACCGCACCUGCCUGGCGCGCCUGGCCCGCGUGCUGCCCGCCUGCCACGUCCUGGAGCCCGGCGUGAGCACGCGCCUCCUGGAGCACCUGCGGCGCAGGGCGGCCGGCGCCACCCCCGACGGCGGGCACAGCAGGGACUCGGGCCGCCCCGCCUCGCCCGCCCCGCCGCCCGCAUCCCCGCCGCCAGCGCCUCUCGGAGGCCCCAGCCUCUGGCGGCCGUGGUAG